CCUCUUUGUUUUGACACCUCGGCCGUAAAGGCAAAAUUUCGAAUCAAACUAACUAAAUUCAGGGAAACUUCAACAAUAUGUCUGUGCGUUACGACUGGUACCAGUCCGAGACCAAGGUGGUCAUCACUGUUCUGCUGAAGAACGCCACAGAGAAGAACUACGCUGUCAAGAUUGAGCCAAAGAAACUGCACAUGUCCGCCGAUGGAUACGAACUGGAGAUCCAACUGCUGCAUCCCGUUGUUGUGGACCGUUGCUCCCACAAGGCGUACCAGACCAAGGUCGAAAUAACUCUCGAAAAGGAAACGGGCGAACGCUGGGAGACCCUCGAGGAGAAGGCGGCACCCGUUGCAGUCGCCUUGCCCAAACUGCAGACCAAAAACUGGGACCAACUGGUCAGCGAGGAGGAAAAGAUUGAAGAAAAGGAGGCCAAAGGCGAAGCGGCUCUAAAUAAUCUUUUCAAGCGGAUUUACAGCACUUCCUCGCCCGAGGUGCAGAAGGCCAUGAACAAAUCUUUCUCCGAGUCUGGCGGCACUGUGCUUAGCACCAACUGGAACGAGGUGGGCAAGGAGAAGGUGAUUGUGCAGCCGCCCAAAGGAACCGAAUUCCGCGAAUGGGAGAAAUAGGCCAAAUCAAUGGCUAGUUAAACACACACACACACACCCACACAUUAAUUUAUAUGAGAGUUCAGAGACGCAACUAAAUACAUAUUUACCCAAAACAGCCAACAUGCGAUGGGCGUGUAGGGGAAACCCCCACAUUAACGAUAUUAACAUAACAUAACAACAAUUGUUUUAAAUAAAAUUAAUAGAAGCAUUGCA